AUGAUCCACGAUGGUUCCGCUAUCUCGGCCUUGCUGAUCCUCGGAUCGCAGGGUGAUCACCGAUCAAAGACCUUGGAAGGACUGAGAUUCCAGAACCGCACGGAGCCGACAGGCGACGAGCACCGCCAGAAGUGGCAGCCCAUACGGGCUCUCUCCGACCCUUACGUACUCUGUGCCUGUCGCCGUCCCACGAUGGCUUGGUUGCCUCCGAGGCAAGUCCCAGGAACCUCCGGCGUCCGUCGUCAGCAACCGAUCAACACGGGGAAAGGGACCCUGACAUCACAUUUUGAGUUUCUGGGCAUCGUGGAUUUUGCCUAA